CUUUCAACACUACUAUAUAACAAAUAAUUUGAGGCAUGACAAGGCAGAAAGGUAAGCGAUGGAAGCGCGGCGAGGCUUGCGUCAGCAACCCUCGUGUAAAGAAGCACCGCCUUGAAGCAGCGUCUGUAGUACGGUCCAAGCGCCAGAAAACUGCUGCAGAGCCUGAGGGUGCCGGCCUGGGUGUGGCGCUGAAGAAUCUUGAUGAGAAUACUGACAACCUGAUGAACGAUGAUGAAGUGACUCAUAUUUCAGCUCUGUCCACGUGGACCAUCGCAAGUGGAGCAGCAGGAACAUUGCCCUCUUUUGACAGAGUGAGAAAACUGUGGAACUCUCCACUGGACAGCCACAAGGAAGUGUGUGCUGUUCUUACUGCUAUCACAGAGGUCAUCAAGAGUCAGGGAGAAGAAGAGAGUCCUAUCGCGUACUUUGCAGCACUUCUCACAGCAUUAGAAUCAGCUUCAGGAACUGAACAACUUACUGCCAUAACCUACCUGCUCGGUCUUGUCAUCCCAUCAGUUCCUCAGAACAUAUUACGUGCUAAGUUUGCUCCUGCAUCAAAAUUGCUGUUCACUGUUCUGGAGUCUCAGACUAACAAAGAUAUAUCAGUAGCGCUGGUCCGAUCUCUGUUGACCUCCAUCUCCCACCUUCUGACCCAACAAGACCAUGCUAUCUGGACUGAGUCCUCCGUUGUCAGGAUGUUGGAGUUCUUGAUACAGUUUGUGUUCCACACUAAACCCAAGAUACGACAUUCUGCGCAGCGCUCACUUGCGCUGCUUUCCAGAACGGUGCCGGUGGCGUGUUCUCUGGUGUUGAAAAACUGUUGCCAGAAACUUGACGCUUAUACUGGCUCAAAAGAAGCACAAGUAACUUUACACACCGUAUCCUUCAUCCGUUACGUCCUGCCUCACGCGAGUGAAGCCGAACUGCGCACAGGACUGGAGUCACUGCUGCGUGUGGUUGCACUGAAGCACACUAAAGUUGCUUCAGCUGCGUUACAAGCGCUUACCACUCUCUUCAAGCAGGAGUGUCAGAUGACCGGGGAAAUGCAAGGACAGAUUUUAAUGAAUCUGUACAGCAACAAGCCAGCAAGUUACGAUCACCCCAUAACAACUGUUUGGUUGGAAGCCCUGUCUAGUAGCUACUCACAUCUGGCUAAACUAGAGCCAAAACUUGGCAUCAUCAUGGCUCAUAGUUUGUUCUCCGUCUGCUCAGAUAGUGUAUUGUCUAAGAACUAUGGUGUAGUUCAAACGACUUUGGUAGCCCUCGAAGAGUUCUGCGUUACCAAUAUUCCUCCCGGAUUGGAUUUAUACGAGGACGACAUAAAGGAAAAGAAGACUAUUCCAAUGGUGAAAGUUGUUACCGUACUGAAGGAUAUGUUGAAGUUAACUUACCAAUCUGUUUGGGACGUCGUUUUACAGGUGGUAGGUUCAUUGUUCCAGAAUCUUGCUCCGGAAUGUGUUUACCUAAUCGAGCCCCUGAUACCUGCUCUGUUUGUUAUCCGCGAAGCUCCUGAUUUUAACAACAACACACUCUUUAACACUACCGCUGGUUCUUUGGUCAAGCUCAUUGGACCCCAGCGACUGCUCACAGUCUUCCCGCUGUCUUUUGAGAGUGGUGAUACUGUCGACAUCCCAAAUGGGUGGCUACUUCCAAUUUUGAGGGACAAUGUUUCAAAUUCCGAACUCAAGUUUUUCGUAUCAGAUUUGGUUCCGAUCACUGCCACAUUGAGGACUCGUGCAGAAACCUUAAAAUCUGAGAACAAGGAUCUCGAUGCGAAAGUUUGUUUCAAUCUCGAGUAUCAAAUUUGGAGUUUGCUUCCAAGUUUUUGUAAAACACCGACUGAUUUACUUGAAUCAUUCAAAGUAAUCGCCAAGACUAUUGGCACUUUGAUCGGUCAGCGAUCUGAGAUUAGGAACAUCUUGUGCACGUCUCUUAUCAGCUUGAUUGAAACGUGCCAAACUGAUGAUCAGAAAAUUGAACUGGGUCGUUUUGCUAAAAACUUUUUACCCGUACUGUUCAAUAUCUUCCUGACGGAGCCGAAGCCUGAGGACCCUCCCCUGAAACCAGUUAUUGACUGUGUUGAGUCUUAUCUCACCAUCUGUCCUCAAGACACUUUACAUGUGUUCUUUGAGAAGUUGUUGGCCAAGUCUAAGGAGGAGGUAAUGUCAGAUCACGUGAAGAAAGUGGUGCUGGAACUGCUGGUCACAAUGAUUUCUCAUCUGAGUUUGGAUGAUCUGAACACCAUGUACAGUGAGAUUGUUCCUUGGCUUAGUGAACCUGGCAAUUCUAACAGACAGAAGAGGGCUUACCAGAUUUUGUGGAGUAUUCUGGAAGGAAGAACUGAAGCUCACAACAGAUUUGUGAUUUCCCACUUAGACGAUCUGUACAAGCAUCUAGCAGAGUCCCUUUCUCUCGCACAACCCGGAGCAAAGAAACAUCGGCUCAAGUGUCUGCUGUCUCUUGUCAAGAAAUUAGACAUAGAAAACUUCGAAUUUGUCCCAUCAAUUUUACCGGAGAUAGUCCUGUGUGUGAAAGAACAAAAUGAGAAAACGAGAGUUGCCGCAUACAAAUGUCUAACCGCGAUUGGAUAUGUGUACCUGGACAAGAGUCAGGAUAAGAGACUGGCCAUGAAGAAUUACAUAGAGAUGAUAAUGGCAGGUGUAACUGGACAGACUCAUCUUGCUAGUGCAACCCUGCUAUGUUUGAGCAAGAUAGUUUACGAGUACAACUCUUACUUGGAGACAGAAGUACUCGAUCAAAUUCUUGAAAUUGUUGUCGCUUUGAUGGAAUCCAAACAGAGAGAGAUAUUGAAAGGAGUCAUAGCCUUUAUCAAGGCGGGUAUUGGUGUUAUACAUUUCACUAUAAUGGAACCUUACGUGAAACCACUGCUAGAUGGUUUCUGUAGUUGGGAAAAACCAAUGAGGCAUCACUUCAGAGCCAAAGUUCGGGUGAUCCUGGAGCGUUUACUGCGUCGGUUCGGUUACGAACUGGUCCACAAGCUGGCGGGAGAGGAGCAUAAAAAGGUCAUAAACCACAUAGUAAAGGAACAACGGCGUGAGAAGGCAGCAAAGAGUGCCAGGUGGGUUGAGAGAAAACAGGAGGAGAGUGAGGAUGGAGGGUUGGAGAGUGAUGGGGAUGAGGAGAUGAUGGACGACUUCAAGCGACUCCGCGGCAGGGGCUCCAGAUCAGAGAUGCCAGCUAAAUUAGUGGAAGGUGACAAUCCGCUUGAUUUCUUGGAUAGUUCUAUGAUUCCGAAAAUAUACAAAGGAACGAAGAAAGAACCCUGCUCUCUACCGGAAAAAGAUGGCAAAUUUGUCAUUGAGGACCUGGCCAAGAAGAUAGAAGAAGCCAUGAUCAGCGAGGGAGAAGAGAACGAGGCUGACUCAGAGGAUGAGGUAGUGAAAGCUGCGACCAACCCCUUCGGGAGACCCAGCAAGGGAAUCUACAGGGAUACUAAAAGCGACCGAGAUGCGAGGAGCAACAAGAAGCCCGGGCCACGCAGCGACGGAACGAAGUACAAAUCCUCCAAAGCAGCCGGGGACAUGAAGAAGAAGGGGAAGGACGAGCCGUAUGCUUAUGUCUCCAUCAACCAGAAGAAGGGGAAGUCUAAAAGUCGGGGACAGUUUGAUAACUUGAUAAAAGCGGGGAAGGCGGGAGUUUUGAAAGGGGCCAAAUCAAAGGGACUUAAAGGCAAGAAGUUUAAAUCAGGGAAACCUACUUGACCUGUCGGUAUUUGAUUUUUUAGGUGACAAAACCCGCGGCUUUUAAUGACUUUAAACUUCUGAGACUUUAAUCUGUUGAUCUGUUUCUUUUAACUAAUUUAUUUUUGCUUCAUCA